AUGGCCGUGCGCUUACACAUUCUCGAUUGAAGAAGGAAGAGUUCAGGUUGGGAAAGAGAAAAACCUAGUUUUGCUUCACGCAUCUUCCUUUGCCAUUAUCGUGCCGUGCUUUCCCGUCCUUGAGUGUGGAGUGCGUUUGUCGCAAAGUGCAUCAUAUCGAGCUGUCCUAGCGGAAAAAAUAGCUGGUGAUUAAGGAUUUUUUGGCAUCGUUUAAGUGUGCUGGAAAGUGGAGGCUGUGGUCGUCGGACUGCGUGGUGUGUCUCGUGUUGACGAAGCAACCGAUGAUCGCCCAAGAUUAGUACGAGACCAAGAACAAGCAAUCGAGCGAGGCAAACAGUAGAACGACGAACACGAGCGUUCUACGGAGUAGGCGAAGGGGACGCGUGAGUGAAGGAUGUUCACUACCAACAACAUCCAAACGUCAACAGGCACUCCUAUCGGCAUUCAGUAUCAGACGACAGACAUCAACAAAAGCACCAAACUGGACGGCCAAAAGACAAACCAGCAGACCCCGGAGUUCUCCACCUUCUACGCCAAUGUGAAUAUGAUACAGAAGCUAGCGCCAUCGUCGCAGGGCCUUAGCACGGUCAAUUUGGCGCAGCUCUCCGAGGAUAAUAAAACGGUCCAGUACCUACAGCCGUUCAGCUAUGCCAACUGCGCGCUGGUCAACCAAAUGCCGAUACCGAACGGUGUCACCGGAAUCACCGUCGACGGUCGGCAGCUAGUGGUCAACAAACCGAUCACAAAUACCAUCUCGAACAUUAGCUUCAAGUGCGAUGUCUGUGGGUUGAUGUUUAACCAUCUUACGCUGCUGAACCAUCACAAGCGAACCCAUAAUCAGGAUGGAGAGACGACAUCGGACGCCAUCACUGUCGUCACGCAGCCACAAAAUUUGCAGGUUCAGGGUCCAAACAUCAUCUCGGAAACGGGUCAAAAUCUAGGCCAAAUCCAGAUCGUCGCCACCGAGGCACUCGAUCCUGCACCGCAGCAACAGCAGCUCCAGCACGCGCAGGAUGCCCAACAGCAGCAGCAAGCCCAACAACAGCAACAGCAACAACAGCAGCAACAGCAGGUUUCACAUUCGACCAAGGCUGAUAAGACACAGAAAUGCAUUACCUGCAACGGGCCCAUCCACAACAAUCCCAAACGCAAGGGUCCCAAACUGAUCCGCUGCGAAUCGUGUAUCAACAACGAUGGUUCCCAGAUGGUUGCACGGCCGACACAGAUCUUUGUAGCACCAGAUGGCGAUGUCAAGUUCGAGAUAAGCGAAAUUCCGAACGCAUCCAAUAGUAACUCCUCGAUGGACUCGAUCAUGCCGGGACCGAUGAUCAAGGCGGAGCACUCGGUACAGCAGCACAAUGCGCAUCCGGUGAAGAAACGCAAUCUGGCGACGGUCACUAAAUGCAACAAGUGCAAUGGUUCGGGGGUGAUCAUUGUCGGUGGUCAAAAGAAGCAUAUGCAUCAACAGAUGCAUCAUCAACAGCCGGAAAAACCAUUCACCUGCAAUACAUGUGGUGGCCGUUUCUCACGCUACUCCAGCCUCUGGUCGCACAAGAAGCUACAUACGGGCGAGAAGAACUACAAAUGUAAUGUAUGCGGGAUAGCGUUCGCGAAGGCAGUCUAUCUGAAGAACCAUAUGCGCAUUCAUACGGGCGAAAAACCCUACAAAUGUGGCACUUGUGGUAUGCAGUUUUCGCAAUCACCGCAUCUGAAGAACCACGAGAGGACACACAGCGGAGAGAAACCGUACGUUUGUGAGGUCUGCGACAAAGGUUUCGCCCGUCAUGCUACUUUGUGGAAUCAUCGACGCAUUCACACCGGCGAGAAACCGUACAAAUGUAACCGCUGCCAAUCGGCAUUCAGUCAAGCUGCCCAUUUGAAGAACCACGAAAAGGUUCACUCCGGCUUGAAACCGUUUAAAUGUGACAUCUGUUCGGCAGCUUUUGCCGAUCGUUUCGCCCUCAAGCGGCAUCGCGGUAUUCAUGAGAAAUAUGGUCAAACGACUCCACUGCAUCAGAACUCACAGUCUGGACAGUCACAGUCUAAUCAAGGCCAGGUGGUACACAAGGAAGAGAUCAUCGAGAUGGACGAAAAGUCCCGGGAAGUGGUCAUAACUGGCAUCUAAAAUGGUAUCACAGACACACAUAUUUACUAGAUUGCAACACAAAUGGUGCCCCCCUUGAAAGAUAAGUGGAUGUAUAGUAUCUUUGGUUGAACGUUGUACAAAGAACAGGAACAGGUUUUCGUAGAAACGUUGCGAACGGUUAGAUCGUUCCGAUGAAUUAAUACAAGGUUGGCUAUACAACAACUCGCACGCUUCUUCCCUAACAGCAUAUUCAACCAAGUGAAAUGCUAUUUCGGGGGAUCACUGCGAUAGUAAUGAUGCCAACCAAACUUAAGCAGAUUGAGCAUGUUUUCCUGUUUGUUGCACUGCACCAUAGGGAUCGAAGGAUGGAUUGCCAUGCUUCCGACGUUCUUCGUAACCACACUGACAUUGCUCUAUGUCCGAGGACACAUUCAACCUACGGACGUCUCCCUUUUAAGACAUAACGCAUAGCAAGAUAUCAGCGCCCUUUUAAGACAUAACGCAUAGCAAGAGCAGUAGUGUAUCAUUUCCUUCGUUGAAUUUGUUUAUCAGUCGGCGCUCGGUAUUGGCAACAAAGGAAUCAGGUACAUCCUGCAAUUAAACCGUUCCCUCACGCGGUCAACUUAAGGUUGUUAAAGAUGAGCUAUACAGACACCCAAAAUACACACGAACAGCCACUUAGCAUGUAGCAUGUAUGUUCAGAACAUGGAAAGGAUGUACAGCAAAGCGCUAGUAUGAAUACUUGAAGGCAGGAAAGGUUAGAAAAUAAAUUAAAUUAUGUAGGGCGUGAGGAGCAUUUCAUUUAAAUAGGCUUCGUCGACGUUAUCCUAAUUAUUACGAUUAUGAUCCUUAAUGAAACAAUACGAUAUGUCGCCUUCGGGGAGGUUAGAAUAGGAACGGCAUUAAUCUGAUGAAUUGAUUUCUGAAGCAAAGCAACGUAAGCUUCUAUGCUCCGGAAAGACAACAAUUGAGCCUUGUUUCACAAUUUGAUAUGAAUAGAUAUCCUGUAAAUCGUGAAAUCCCCGUAAAAGUGAACAUCGCAAUGAAACAUAUGCAUUAGUAUAUGCAGUCAAACUACUGAAUAAAGUGUAUGGAAAUAAAAGAGAAAACAAAUCUAUGAAAAAC